CCCAUUUCCCCCCCCGGAAGGGCCCGGCCCGGCCCCACAGGCACCGCUGGCGGCAAUGAGUGAAACGCUGCUGUGCAGUGCCCGUGCUACGGUGCUGCAGUACGAUGAGGCCCAGAAGCAGUGGGUGGCGGCGGGGGGGGGGCCCAACACCCCCAGCUGUGUGCAGCUCUACCACCACCAGGGGAACGGCUCCUACCGCCUCGUGGGGAGGAAAAUGCAGCCGGAUCAGCAGGUGGUUCUGAACUGCCCCCUGGGGAGGGGGCUCCGGUACAGCCAGGCCACCCCCCAGUUCCAUCAAUGGAGGGGGGGGGCGGGGGGGGGUUUGGGGGCUGAGUUUUGGGGCCCCCCCCGAAGCGGCCGCCUUCGCUGCUGCCGUCACCAAAGCACUGCGGGCAUUGGAGGAUGGGCCGUCGCAGACCCGGAUGGAACCAGAAGGAGGGGCCACCCCAGAGGAAGGGGGGGGGGCAGAGAGGCAGGAGGAGCCUGAGCGACGCAUGGGGCCUUCAGGUGCCCCCACGGCGGCCCCCCCCCCCCCCACCAGGACCACCCCCACCUCCUGGCCCCCCCCCACCCAGUGGGGGGGUCCCACCUGCCCCCCCCUUACCUGGAGGUGCUGCUGCUGGGGGGGGGUCCGGGGGGGCCUUUGCUGCUGCCAUUGCGGGGGCGAAGCUCAGGAAAGUGGGGAAGGACGAAGCCCCCCCCACCAAUGCCCCCCCCAAAGCUGGGGGUGGGGGGGGGCUGAUGGAGGAGAUGAACGCCAUGUUGGCCCGCAGGAGAAAAGCCACACUGCAGCCAAAAAGGGACGAGGAUGCUCCUCUCGAUGAUGCAGAGCCGGGCACAAAGACGCAGGAGCCUGUGAGGAGGCCAUGGGAGAAGGGGAGCAGCACUCUGCCCAGGAUGAAAUCAGCCCCCCAUGCUGAGCCCCCCCCCAGUGGUGCUGAGGAGCCCGACCUGGAGCGACUCAAACAGGAGCUGCUGGAGGAGGUGCGGAGGGAGCUGCAGAAGAUGAAGGAGGAGAUCGUGGAGGCAUUUGUGAUGGAGCUGCGGAAGCGUGGAGCCCCCUAAAUCCCCCCCCCCAACCACACUUUGCACUGUGUCCCCCCCCCAUCACGCACACACACAAAGUGGGGGGGAGGGGCCCAGGUUUGAACCCCCCCCCCUCCCCCCUUCCACACACCUACAAACAAAGGCUGUGCCUUAAAGCGGCCGAUGCUGUUUUGGGGGGGGGUGGUAAAGGGGUGCUUGGGCCAACCCCCCCUCCCCCACUCACACUGUGCCCCCCCCGGUUUGUUUUGUACCACUUUGGAGCUAUUUUAUGUCACUUUGGUCAAAAAGAAAUGAAUUUGGGGGGAUGGGGGGGGGGGGUUGGUUGUCACCCCUCCCCCCCCCUUAUCAUCCCAAAUAAAGACUCUUUCUUAUGGGA